AUGUGGGUGAACCUAGGUGAGACCGACCUCAAGCAGUGGGGUCUUUUUGCCUCCGUCGCCGGACAGGCGACUGUAAGCAGGAAAGUAGUGCUGUGUUUUUGCAGUUCAGUUCCAUAUAAUUGCCACAAGUGGAUGGGCCCCAGUCGCCUCUGCUGCUCGAUGAGAUUACCGUACCUAUGGAUAGCAACAACAAAGUCAACCUGGAAUUGUUCGGCUUCUCCGUUUCCGCCUCCCUCUUAUGGAACCGGUACAUUUAAGUUGGCGUCAACUCUUACCGUGUGUCGGCUUGCAAUUAUAUGUAGAGCAGUGGCGAAGUCGUUAUGGCACCACAUUGGCGACUCAUCGAAAGUGCAGCAUGGAGCUCCGCUGCACUUCCGGUGCUAG